UUCGUCAGUCUUCAUUCCGCAACGUGCUGUGAUUGACAGACCCCGAUGUCCGGGGAGAGGUGCAGACGGGAAGGUCGAGGAUGGCGAGUGUUGAUCUGUGGAGGCCUCCUCGGAUGUGUGAUGAUUAUUGGAGUGAAUGGAAGCAUUGUCGGAGUCUGAGGAAUCGCUUCCAUCAUUACUACACCUAUGGAGAGGUCCCCUCAUGUAAGCAGUGGAAAACAGAUUACAAAAAUUGCAGGGAAUGGGAAAAAUAUAAGUCUGGAGAAACUAAGGAAGCUUUACGUGAUAGUGAGAAGAAAAGGUUAGAAGAACAAAAGAGGGAUCCAAUCUGGGAGAUGAGGAAGAAUCCACCAGCUGAAUGGCAUCUUCCCCUGUAUGAUGGAAAAGAGAAAUAAUGGAAAUUACCUGCUCCUGGAGUUAAACUAUCAUAUUGUUGGAUAACAGUCCACAACUUUUGUUAUGAUGAUUCUUUAUAAAAUUGGAUUUAGGCUAAUC